AUGGGGUUUAUUCUCAUGUAUGACAUCACUAAUGAAGAGUCCUUCAACAGUGUGCAGGACUGGUGUACACAAAUCAAAACAUACUCAUGGGAGAACGCUCAGGUGGUUCUAGUUGGCAAUAAGUGCGAUAUGGACGCUGAACGUGUGGUUUCUCUAGAAAGAGGCAGACAACUCGCCGAUCAACUAUGUACGGUACACUUUAAGCACCUUGAAGUUAUGCUCGGCGAACUUGCCCCUGUAAGCCAUCCGAGUCGAUUGGAAUCGUGCGUCGCUCCGCCCAUUGAAUGUGCGAAAAUCCGUCAUGGUCGCGUACCCUUUCUUUCGAACCGCAAAUUUGACCGCAAUCAAGGGGUGGUUGCGUGA